UUGUUAUUCCGCCGGAUCCCGCCGGCCAUGAGACGACAGAAACAGCGGAAUAUCGCGUCCGAUUGAACGCGGGUGAUCGCGCGCGCCCCCCAGAAAGAUGACUUCGGCGACGGAGGCGGCCGUCGCGGACGGCCAGCAGCUCACGCCCCAGACGCCGGUGCUCAGCGUCGCCUGCAGGAUCCUGCGGUCCCCCAGCCACGAGAGCGUCACCACCGACCUGUCGCUGUUCUCGGUGUCGUCGGUGGCGUCGGACGCACACGCCGGCCGCAGGCUGCUCAGCUUCGGCAAGUGCGAGGGACAAUUCGGCAGGGGGCAUAGCCCUAACCCAGAGACCAGGAACCAGAAUAGGCCAGCCGAUAUUCCUGAAAUACUGUGGUUCGAGGAAGAGACUGAAUUGAUAAGGAGUUGUGCGGCCUUAUCUUCCGCUGUGGGUCUACAGAAGAGUUUCAGUACAAGCGAUAUCAGUCAAUUACCGUCGCCUGAGGACGGGCCUAGCGUGCCGGGCCUUCGAAACGCCGUUUCGGAGCUGGCGCUUAAUUCCCUACAAAGGUCUGGAUUCCUACUAGAGAACGCUAGACUCGAUCAAACGUCAAGAUCAUGCUCCACCUGGGUAGCCGUUGGCGACAUCGCUUCUACGUCACAACUGCCUUCACCCCACGGCGGCCAAUCCACCUCGACCACCAACACGCAGCAACCGGCCAGCACACCCCCUCCCCCCGCUUUCACCGCGGCCGAUUUUAUAAGAUCAGUUAACAAAAAGGUGCGUCAGAACUACAUCCGAAGGAGACUGAUGACCACCUACAAGGCCCUGGAACGGCUCUCCCAGAGCGAGUUCAACCUGGACAGACUGGAAGUGACUCCCUCCACGGCGACGGCGAGCAUCGGCACGGAGCCGACCCAAGCCGCCCCCAACGCGGCCCCGUCCAGACUGGUGGUACCCGGCUCGAGCCCCACGCCCAGCAAAAGCCCGGUCGCCGUCGCGAACAGCACCAACGCCGCCGUGCUGAGGGUGGCCAAACAGAGAGCCGGCAAGAACCUGCCGCUCACCAUCAGGGACGUGGAGAGGGAGAGGGGCAAGCCCCUGUCGAAGUACGAGAGGAACAUGAUGAUCUUCAACUGGCUGCACACCCUCGAUGACACGGCCUUCGUGGAGGGCAUACAGUAG